CCAGGAACGUCAUCAAGGUCCGCGAACCGUCCUGCAGCUUCUCUUCCAAUAUUCCGGGCAUCCCGCCAUACGAACCGAGAGCCUCCCAACCGGUGUACAUGAGCACCGAGCCCAUUACGGGAGUGGGUGGCCGCCCUUCUUACAUAAUCUUCGACUUCUCUCGUGUCAGCUUCGUGGACGGCACCAGCAUAAACACCAUGAUGGAGGUAUUCAAGGAGUACAGGACAAUUGGCGUUUCCAUCUACAUGGCCGCAUGUUCAGUGCCCGUGUUCCGCAUGCUCAAAAAGGGCGGCGUCCUAGACGUCCUGCCGUCGGCCAAGUUCUUCCCAAGCGUGCACGACGCCGUCCUCCACACGCGGCACGAUAAAAAGGACACACACAAGGUGACACUGCCAGGCAUGACCACGUGAGAGAUGGUACCAGUGAGCACAACGGCACCGCUAUUCUGACGUACGGGACGGAAUAUCUCAAUCCACGUCAUCCCAACAGCAGCAGCAACGUCCUGUGCUGCUCCAUCACAGAGGCUCGCGGCUCCUGACAUUUCGUCAAGCACUAGAAUUGUUGUGAAGGACUGAUCAGCCUGUCGGCUGGGGCUCUGUACAUGCCUUCUUCGAGUCAAGGCAAGCGGUACAAUGGCGUCAUCAUCUACGUCAUCAGUCCGGUUGCAGCACGUGACUGCACUUUCGGCUAACGACGCCUGCAAAAGCAUGUCCUCCGAGAGCCGUUUUAUGUUGCUCGGGUGCAACCGUCGCCACUGAGGGGUGUGUUUGAACAUUGCCUAUUCCACGGUGGCCGGAGGGCACCAUGGCUGUAAGGACGGCUGCGCCAGUGUAUAGUGUUUCCCAAGGUGAAAUCAUGAGACGGACACCAGUUUGGUCCCUUCUGUAUUUCAAAAUUUAUUUCUCCAACACUUUCUCUUGCAAGAAAGAAAUGACAAAACACAACAGGGAUGAAAGAAAAGCGAGCGAUGCUGAGAAUAAACAAAUCCAUCAAACAUCACAUCAGAACUUCAGAAAAAAGAACAAACUUCUGCACGCAAACGAUUGUACCGCCGUCUAGAGUGCAGCGGAUACAUUAGCGACUGUUGCUACAUAAAGCAACUGUCACGCAGUGAAACAGCAA